AAACAGUAUGGGGGGCGGGGAGGUGUUUCAUCGGUUUUUUUAGCCUCAUCACAAUCACCGUUGUUUGAAGAAUUCCAACAAUACUUAAAAAAGCAAAAAAUAAUAAUAAUAAUAAUAAAUAAACACAUAGCGGAACUAUAUUACUUCGAUUACAGACACUGUGGACUCAACGUUUCCAGGUGGUUGUUUUCAUUACGAGAGGGGGGAGCAAAAACACUGCCGAUCGCUGAGAGUUUGAUUGACUGGUCGUCCAUCCAGUGAGCAUGGAGGCAGGAGAAGACCAGACCAACUCCAGCUCAGCCAAUAGCAGUGCAGCAUCAGGGGGAAACUCCCGCCCCCCCCAGAUAGCUCAAAUGUCUCUCUAUGAAAGGCAAGCUGUGCAGGCUCUGCAGGCAUUACAGAGGCAGCCCAAUGCAGCUCAGUAUUUCCAGCAGCUGAUGCUGCAGCAGCAGAUCAACAGCGCGCAACUCCACAACCUGGCUGCUGUGCAACAGGCAACUCUUGCAGCCAGUCGUCAGUCCAGCUCUCCCAGUAACAGCGUCUCUCAAGCUACAAGCACAGCACAAUGCACAGUGAACUUAAGUACCACUUCUGGUGGAGGGACCAUGUCAAACCCCCGUCCGAUAGGACCUGCCACCUUGGCAACAUCAACAGCCCUUAGCCAGUCAGUUUUGUUAGGUGGAAACUCUGGUGGACAGGGUCAGAUGUACCUGAGAGUAAACCGCUCUCUCAAGACACCUCUCGCCCCUCAGCUCAUUUUCAUGCCUGGUGGUACAGCGACAGCUGCUGUGGCAACGGUUGCCCAACAGCAAACCCAGCAGCAGCAACAAGAAACAACUCCUACAUCCUCAAGUAACCAGUCAGACAAUGAUCAGGUACAGAACUUGGCAAUGCGUUGCGUGUCCACUCCAAGGGUGGCUACUGUGAAGACCGAGUUUGCAGAUAGGAAGGAGAUGAGUGGUUCAUACCCAAUUAACCAGCAACCUCAGACUCAGCAGCAGUUUGGUCAGUCAGCUCAGCAGAUCCAAGCGCAGGCUCAACCGCUCGCCAACGCCAAACUGCAAAACUACUCCAACACCACCAAUCCCAAUAUGUCUGGUCUCACUGUGAAGGGCACCAAUCAAUCCGCUGUCACCCCACAGCAAACAGGAGGUUCCUCCAACCCUCCGUCCUCCUCGCCUUCCCCCUCGCUCCCUCUCUCCCAGCUCCUCCUUUCUCAAUCUGGCUUGUGCCAAGCUCGAGGAGUACCAGCUGCUGCGGCCACCGUAACCCACAUCCUGGUGCCCACAUCCAAUGUUCCCACAUCUUCUCAAGGCUAUCCGAUGGGCACGGUGGCAACCAAAUCCAACAUGACUGCCCAGACGUUAGUAGUGCAGCCACUCCAGCAGACGGGGGUGAAUCUGGGCUCGGAAAAGCUGGGUCAUGGAACAGGGCAUGUGCCCAUUCAACCUAAAACGGCUCAGGGGCAUCGGCCGCCAGUGCAGAUGCAACCUCGUCACCCACCACCCAUUCUCCCGGCACCACCCAACAAUGGCCAGGCCACUGGGGGCCAUCACCCUCCCCACGUCCCAGUUCAGCUGGUUGGCGCAAGGCAGAGCACACUAGGAAACUCCCAGGCAUUAGCGGUGGCCCAGGCUCGGGCCUGUUGUGCCCAGCAGGACGCCACAGCUGUCGUGCCCGUCAAUAACUCCGGUAGCAAUGCUGUUACUAUGAUGACUCCAGGGGAAACAGGCGGAGCCGGCAUGUGCCUUAAAACAGCCCAAAGUGCCCUCCCAAUGUCUCAGAUGCAGACCAAUCAGUGUGCAGCGUUGAGUCUUGGCAAUUCUGCAUCUGUCACACAUUCGAUGGAUGGACAGAAUAACUCUGGAGACUCUGUGUUCGUUCAGUCUGGACCAGUUCAGACAAAGCCUGUGAUUGGUCAAUUAAAAAGGAAAUCAGAAUCCGAUUUACCCAAUGAGAUGUCAACCGAAACCAUCAAUGCAAGUCUGUUAAUGCAAGACUCCGCCCCUCCUCUUUCACCAGCUCCCUCACUAGAUACAGCCCCAGAGAUGGCAUUCUCUUCUCCUCCUACUCUCUCUCUUUCUCUCCCUCUUCCUCGUGUUGGAGGACAGGGCGAUCGAGCACCUGUGCCACAGGCUGUGGUCAAACCUCAGGUUCUCACUCACCUCAUUGAGGGCUUUGUUAUCCAGGAGGGAGCCGAACCUUUCCCUGUGACUGGGCCAUUGAAAGAACUUCCUGUGGCUGUUCCACCCAUCCUACACCGAGAGAACAUCCGUUCUGAUAAGUUAAAGUGUGAAUACUGUCAAAGAUUUGCACCAGCCAACCAGUUCAGACGAUCCAAGCGCUUCUGUUCCAAAACCUGUGCCAAGAGGUACAAUGUCAGCUGCAGUAACCACUACCGUGUUAGUAGGGGUCUUGAGGGUGCUGAACGGCCACCAGGGAGUCCUGUUGUACAGGAUGUUAUUGCUAGGCGGAGGGGUCCUCGCAGGAGCAGCUCUGAAAUUGCCUGCGCUAAAAUAUCAGGCAGGCAUCUUCCAGUAAAGUGUCGUUCAGAAUCUAGUCGUUCUGAAGACAUCUCCAGCUGUGAGGAAGAAGACUUCUUCUCACUCUCUCCCAGCUCGUCCUUCUCGUGCCCAAGACCAACCCACUGUGACCCUCAGUUGGAUGAAACGGCACCAGUGGAUGAGAACCACUUCUUAUCUGGGAACCCUGCUCGCUGGAGUGUGGACGAAGUGUGUCAGUUCAUUUCUUCUCUUCAAGGUUGUGAGGACUUGGCGUCUCAGUUCCUGUCACAGGAGAUUGAUGGGCAGGCGCUGUUGCUUCUCAAAGAAGAGCAUCUCAUGUCCACUAUGAACAUCAAACUCGGUCCUGCUCUCAAAAUCUGCGCGUCUAUCAACAGUCUGAGGGAUUGAGCGAGGGUCGGUGAGAGAGAUGAGUUGCAGGAUUAGAGCUUUAUACUUCCAUCACCAGCCUGAGAAACAGAAACUGAUGGGCAUGAAAAGACUUUAGAUUCGACCUAAAGUUUACUCAAAACAACAGGGAAGAAUGGGAGAGAAUGUCAUCUGAAUGGUAAAAUAAUAAAUGAUGCCUUAUUAAAGGGA